UGUCAGAAUUCUUUUGCAAUCCGCAAAUACUACUUUCAGUAAUGUCGGUAUAAUUACAUACUACAAGUCAGAGUCGAAUUAAGAGAUAAUAUUUUAGUAUAUAUCAAUCAAUGGAUAUUUUAUACAAAGAACCUAAAGCUCUUACAGUAUAUUAGUGCUAUUCCUUAUUAUUUGCACCAAUCAAUGAUACAAUGGGAUCAAUGGAGGGCCACAAGGUGGUAAUGAAAAAAACUGAAAAACUGCUAGUUUUAAAUGAAACAUCAACGGUAAGUCAGUCAAGCAGUAAGUACAGUAUCACCAGUACAAGUACGAAUAGUCCACAAGAUGAGAGCUUUAAGGUGGAGAGACAUUCGGAGCAAUGUCUUCGUACCAUGACAGAGUAUUUAUACAAACAGCAACUGACUGAUGUGAUCCUAAUAGCAGGACAAAGGCGUAUACCUGCCCAUCGAUUAGUACUAAGUGCCAACUGUGAGUACUUUGCAGCUAUGUUUAGAAAUUCACUGCGAGAAACAUUCCAGAACGAAAUCGAGCUGAAAGACGUAGACGGCGAUACUCUGUGGACAUUGGUCAAGUACUUCUACACUGGAAGCGUAGACCUACUGGAAGACAACGUGGAAACACUGCUGACGACGGCAUCGCUGUUGCAGCUCAGCUGCAUAAUCGAGGCGUGCUGCCAGUUUCUGAUAAAACAAUUACACCCCAGCAACUGUCUGGGCAUCAGGAGAUUCGCGGACAUGCACGGUUGCGCAGAGCUGUUGGCGACAGCCAAUACAUACACCAACGACAACUUCAUGGACGUGAUAAAAAACCAAGAGUUCCUACUGCUGCCCGCUGAGGACGUGGCGAGGCUACUGCAAUCGGACGACCUGAACGUGGCGUCCGAGGAGUCGGUGUUCAAGGCGCUGCUGGCGUGGCUACAGCACGAGCCCGAGGCCAGGCGGGCCGAGGCAAGCGGCCUGCUGGCGCACGUGAAGCUGCCGCUGCUGUCGCCAGCCUUCUUAACGGACCACGUGGAGAGCAACGAGAUGUUCCGGGAGCAGCGGGGCGCGCAGGCGCUCAUCCUGGAGGCGCUUAAGUACCAUCUGCUGCCGGAGCGCCGGCCGCUGCUGCAAUCGAGCCGCACGCGGCCGCGAAAGGCCACGGUUGGCCGACUGCUGGCCAUCGGUGGCAUGGACACCAACAAGGGUGCGACCAUCGACGCGUUCUCGCUGCGCGAAAACCGCUGGCGCAGCCUGGCCAAGAUGAGCGGCCGGCGGCUGCAGUUCGGCGCGGCGGUGGUGGAGCGCAAGCUGGUGGUGGCCGGCGGCCGCGACGGCCUCAAGACGCUCAACACGGUGGAGUGCUUCGACUUCGCCGCGUUGGCCUGGAGUCCACUGCCGCCCAUGUCCGUCCACCGCCACGGGCUGGGCGUGGCGGUGCUUGAGGGGCCGCUCUACGCGGUGGGUGGUCACGACGGCUGGAGUUUCCUCAACACGGUGGAGCGCUGGGACCCGAGCACGCGCCAGUGGGCCUACGUGUCGCCCAUGUGCUCGCAGCGCUCGACCGUCGGCGUAGCCGUGCUCGGAGACAAGCUGUACGCGGUGGGCGGCCGCGACAAUGGCUCUUGCCUCGGCACCGUCGAGUGCUAUGACCCGCACUCCAACCGCUGGACCUCGUGCGCGCCCAUGUCGCGUCGACGCGGCGGCGUCGGCGUCGGCGUCAUGAACGGCUGCCUGUAUGCGCUGGGCGGCCACGACGCGCCCGCCAGCAAUCCGCAUGCCAGCCGCUUCGACUGCGUGGAGCGCUACGACCCCAAGACUGACACGUGGACCACGGUCGCCCCCAUGAGUCUGGCCCGGGACACCAUCGGCGUCUGCGUGCUCGGUGACAAGCUACUCGCCGUGGGCGGCUACGACGGUCAGCAGUACCUCACGCUGGUGGAGGCCUACGACCCGCUGGCCAACGACUGGCGCCAGCUCACACCGCUCAAAUCCGGCAGGGCCGGCCCCUGCGUCGUGCUCGAAAACUCGCUCGACUUCUCGUAGUUCAGCUGACCGCUUCUGCUGCUUUUCUGCUGCGCUACCUCUUGUGUCGAGCCAUCGACCCCUUUCGCUUCUUACACUUUUCCAAUGCUGACUACCGAUCUUCAGUCGCUACGGAACUUACAAUUUUUCAAUAUUUUUGAAUAUUUAAAUACUCGAGCUCAGAGAGACGGCUUGGCAGGCUUCAAAGUUCAAGCCGCUCCAACUUUUGCAGAAGCCUCGUAUUUAUGCAAGAACCAUAUCAAAACGUUUUAUCUUUUUAUGACUAUUGUAGUAAUUGUAUUUAUUAUUUAUGAUAUGAUGUAAAAUAAAUAUUUAU